AUGUAAUUUUUUGUGCCAUAAUGCCACAUUGUUCUAGAAUAGGCUGCUUUAAAAGAAAACUAUGAGAUUGUAUAGGUCUAACAAAAAGAAAUCCAGCUGGCCUAGUUAUAUAGAUAUGCUACUCAUCAUCAUUCGCAUUAUCAUAAUAAUUUUAAUACAGCAUAACAUCUAAUUAAAGAGUUAAUUUAUCACUUCAGAGACUAAAAAAUGUAUAGAUUUUUAAUAGAGUAAAUAAUUAAUUGAAAGUUUAGGUUGAUUUAAAAGUUAAUCUCUAAAGUUGAUAUUAUAUAAUAUUCAAAUAGAAAUAUCAUGGCUUUGAAACCUCACCUUGCUAGCCAAAUCGCUACUCUAGAGUAUGCAGCUAAUACCAUUAAUAAUUUCCCUUAACUUAUUUAAUUAAGAGAUAUAAUAAUAGGAUAUUUUUAAACAACUUUCCAAACUCCUCCUUUUAUCAUUAACUAAUAUUUUCUUGAUCUAUUUAAUGAGUAAUUUAUUAAAGAUAUCUAUUUGACAUAAUUCAAUCAAGUCCAUUAAAUUUAACUUAUAACUUAUGGACAUCAUUAUACACCUAAUUAUACAGCAUUCACAUUUUAUCUAUAUGAUGAUGAUGUUUAUACUUAGGUUCAACCUCAAAUUAAUGCUGUUGUAAAUUCAUAAUAUGGUUUUUAAUAACCAUCUACAAAUCCAUAUUAAUCAUACACAAAUCAAUAAUUAAAUAUGACUGAUUCAUAAUAUUAAUAAUUUUAAUCCUAAUAGAAUUCAUAUCCAUAAUAAUAACCAUAAUAGAUAACCUACAAUAAUUAUAACAAUUAAAAUAUCUAUGUUCAACCACAAAAUCCUUAUUAGACUGUUCCUUAACCACAAAUUUAAGGUUUUUCUAAUAAUUAAUAUUAAAAUAAUAACCCCUAUUCCUCUCCUCCUUAACCAUAAAUAGUCGGAUAUUAAGCCACAUCAACAUCAACGUAUAAUUAUACCACCAAUCAACCAACAACUUAACCACCAUAUUCAGUAGUCUAACCUUAGUCAAAUGCCAAUUAAACAUAAUUAAAUUAUUAACCUUAACCAUAACUUCCAGGAUAUUAAAGUUCAUCUUAACCUCCUCUUCCAAAUUAAAUUGCUUCAUUUCCUCCUACUUAAGGAUAUUAGUAUAAUCUUCAAAACAACUAUGAAAAUAAAGUACCUCAAGAUUAUCAAAGUUAAUAAACUUAAGCCUAUCCAAAUUUAAUUUCAAACCCUUAUUAAUAAUAGAAUUAUAAUAAUGAACCAAAAAACCAAAAAAUUGAAUAAUAAAAUAAUUAUAACAUAAGUUCAAAUUAACAAUACAACUCCCAAAAUUAAUAGCCUCCUCCAUAUUCUUAAGUGUAAAAUGAAUCUUAUGAAUAAAAAUAAUUGGCUACAUCCUAAACUUCAUACAAUGUUUCUCAAACUCCAGCUCAAUCUACAGCUCAAUCUAAUGAAUACAAUUAAUUUAAUGUAAAUUUAAGCAAUUAAAAUAACCAAACAGGGUUAAAUUAAGACAAUUAAAAUUUCAAAUUACCAAUGUAGGAUCUAAAAUAAGCUUAGUCUGUAUAUUCUCCCCCAAUCCCUAAUAAUAAUUAACUAGAAUAUUAAAAUCCUUCCAAUUAAGUUUAAGGAACUUCAUAAAUGGUCCCUCCACCACCACCACCUCCACCUCCCCCUCCUCCUGUCCCUUAGUAAUAGGCUAAUUAGGUGUUUUAAAAUUAAAAAAAUAUUAAUGAAUAGAAUGCUGUUCCUUAAUAAGAAUCCAUCAACUUUUAAAAUACAAUAAAAAAUAGUGAACCAGUAUAAAAUGAUAAAAGCUUAUUUGAAGCAUUAUUCUUGAAUUAAAGCUUAAAAAAUUUAUAACUACUUGACAAUAAAGGUGCUCCUUUAAUAGACUAGAAGAUUUAGUAUAGGAAAGAUAGAGAUAUUAAAGGUUUUAAGAAUCAUGAUGAACAUGCUUUGUACAUUUUAAAAUGUUACAUAGAAGGAAAAUAUGUACAAAACAAAAUAGAUAGAACUGCAGAAAUGAAGAGCUUAGUGAGUUUCUGA